GUUCAAUAUAAUAUGUUACAUCGCGAUCGAGUGGAAAUGGAAUAUUUGUAUUUAUUCACCGAAUAUAAAUUGGGUGGCGCCAUCUGGUCGCCACUCGCUGGUGGAAUUCUGACGGGGAAACAUAACGAAAGUAUAGCCGAAGAUUCUAGGCUAGCGUUGAAAGAAAAUGCUGUUAUGGAAAGGCUGAGGAAGGGGUUACUAAGCGAAGAAGGAAAAAUGAAGAUAAAUAAAGUCAAGAAGUUAAUGCCUAUCGCAGAAAAGGUCGGCGUUACACCCGCGCAACUUGCACUUGCGUGGUGUAUGAUACAACCUCAUGUCGACACUGUAAUCACCGGCGUCUCUAAACCCGAACAGAUGGAAGAAAAUUUACGUGCAGUGGAGCUGAAAUCGAAGUUAACGCCAGGGAUAUUGCAAGAAAUCGAGGAAAUAUUGGAUAAUCGACCAACUCCUCCAUUCAACUUUCGAGACUCCUAG